AUGAUUUUCAUAUUCAAGACUGAAGUCAAACUUGAAGACGAUGAAGAUCUGAAGAAUAUGCUAGCCGGUAUCAAUGACGAAGCUUUGGAGAUGGAUUUUUGCCCAGAACCAUCUCCCUGCUCCAGCGAGCAGUUCUUCACGAAAUCCGUUCAAGAGAGAAGGUACGAAAGCGAAUUUCAUUCGCUUUAUGCCUCUCCGACAAUUGUUCCGCGUAAAGUGAAAGUGAUGAGACUGGCGACGCCCACGUCUCGAAGCGCUCCGAUCCGCUGCACACAGAACGAGCCAAAGAACCACGUGAAGGCGGAAGUGCACGUGGAGGAUGACGAUGACUAUGGCGCACCAGAUUUUGACGACUUUGAGGAGCCGGAGCCUAGCAUGGCUCCUCCACCAGCACCUAUUGUUCCGCCCGCGAACGCAUCUGUCAAGAAAGUCGUUGAAAAGAAGAUCGAUAAUGUUGAAACGCCUAAAGAAAUCAAAGUCGAGGACAACAAACCAUCUACCAAAGCGGCUUCACAGAUGAUGUCUGCUGCUAACUGGGAUGAUGUUCAACCGACUUUGGAUGAACCUGAGGUUCAAGUUGUAGCUGGUUCUGAAGCAUUUUAUGUGAAAGAGGACGGAACUGUGUACCUAUUUGGCCGCGUUAAUGUUAGCGGGAAUAAAUGGGCCAGCUGUUGUGUUACUGUAAAGAAUAUUUUUCGACAAGUGUUCUUUUUGCCGAGAGAUACGAAAUUAUUCCGCGGACUCAAUACAUAUGAACCCGUGAAUGACGAUGACGUCUUUGAGGAAAUAAAAGCGGUUAUGAAACGUCAUUGUGGUACAUCUUCUUUCAAGUGCAAGCAAACGAAGAAAAAGUUCAUGAAUGACGGAACCAUAGCAGGAGAGUAUUCUGGCGAAGAAGUGAAGGUUAUAGAGGUGCAGUAUGAGAGUAACCAUCCCAAACUGCCAAACGAUCUUUCGGGAGAUACUUUCUCUGCCGUUUUCAACACGACAGCUACAGCUAUGGAGAGACUACUGGUGGAAAAGGCCAUGAUGGGACCGGGUUGGGUUGAUAUGACUAAUUACGUUGAAGUAACGGCGAAACUAUCGUACUGUGAUUACGAGUUCACCGUCGAUAUGGAACGUAUGCGGAAUCUCACUUACAAUACUUCGGUAACUCUUCCUGCUCCCCCGGUUCGCAUGCUAGUCCUGAGCAUGCUCACAACGUUGAACGAGAAGAAAGAGAACGAGGUGUGCAUGAUAUCGACAUUAUACAAUCCUUCGUGUAACUUGAGUAGUCCUAGUACGGAACAAAAGGAUCUUCAACGAUUGUGCAUGUUUACCAAACCACAUGGCGGCGUGCUACCCUUCGAUAUAAAGGAUCAGCUGACUAGGCGUGGCUUAUCGGAUAUCGUAAUGACGGCAGGGAAUGAGAAAGCUUUGCUAUCUCUGUUUCUCGCGAAAAUACAGAAGUAUGAACCAGAUGUGAUCGUGGGUCAUGACCUUUCGGCUUCGAUUGCUGUGUUGGUAUCUCGUAUGGAUAAACUCAAAGUGGCGAACUGGUCGAGAACGAGUCGUUUGAAACGUACGGUAAAUGUGGGCAAAGUGGCCCAUAACAAAGCAGGACAAUGGGAGUUAACCGCGGGUAGAUUACUGGUGGAUUCAAGGCUUUCUGCUAUGGAACUAGUACGGUCCCGUAGCUACGACCUAUCCGAGCUUGUCGUGCAGUUGCUGGGAGACCAGAGAGAAAAUAUUUAUGCAAACGAAGUGAGCGCGAAAUUCAGCUCUUCACAGCAGCUACUCAACCUUAUUCAGUGGAGUUGGAUGGAUCCAUGGUUCUCACUGCGAGUAAUUGCUCAACUUAAUGCACUUCCAUUAGCUGUACAGAUUACAAAUAUAGUUGGCGGCGUUGCAUCUCGCACACUGAUGGGAGGCCGAGCUGAACGGAAUGAGUUUUUGCUGUUACAUGCCUUCUAUAAGGCAAACUAUAUAGCGCCAAAUAAGUAUACAUCAAAUUUCAGAAAAGGGAAACAAGAGAAAGAAGUGGGUAUCGAAGACGGAGCCGUGAAUGAUGAGGCCGAUAAGGAUGACAAGGAGGGAAAAUCUAAGAACAAAGCUCAGUAUUCCGGUGGUUUGGUAUUGGAACCGAAGAAGGGUCUUUACGACACACUGAUACUUCUGCUCGAUUUCAAUUCCCUGUAUCCAAGCAUCAUCCAGGAGUACAAUAUUUGCUUCACUACAGUUCCCCAUGUUAAGGAUGGCGAUGAGCUUCCCGAAGUUCCAUCAUCCAGCCUGUCGGAGGGCAUUUUACCGUGCGAAAUUCGAGGGCUUGUUGAAAGACGAAGACAGGUGAAAAAGCUCAUGAAAGAAGAAUCACUGGAAGCGAAGCGAAAGCAGUACGACAUCCGUCAAAUGGCUCUGAAAUUGACAGCAAAUAGUAUGUAUGGAUGUUUGGGCUUUCAACAGUCACGUUUCUAUGCAAAACCGCUAGCAGCCCUAAUUACAUCGAAAGGACGAGAGAUUUUGAUGCAUACAAAGGAUCUUGUCGAGAAGCUCGGUUACUCUGUCGUCUAUGGUGAUACAGAUUCUAUUAUGAUUAACACUAACAGCAAUGACCUGAAACAAGCCAAGAAAUUGGGAUUCGAGAUUAAGCGUCAAGUGAAUCAGUGUCAUCGUCUGUUGGAACUUGAGCUUGACGGUGUCUUCAAGCGCAUGCUACUUCUAAAAAAGAAGAAAUAUGCUGCGUUGACGGUGUGCAUGAUAUCGACAUUAUACAAUCCUUCGUGUAACUUGAGUAGUCCUAGUACGGAACAAAAGGAUCUUCAACGAUUGUGCAUGUUUACCAAACCACAUGGCGGCGUGCUACCCUUCGAUAUAAAGGAUCAGCUGACUAGGCGUGGCUUAUCGGAUAUCGUAAUGACGGCAGGGAAUGAGAAAGCUUUGCUAUCUCUGUUUCUCGCGAAAAUACAGAAGUAUGAACCAGAUGUGAUCGUGGGUCAUGACCUUUCGGCUUCGAUUGCUGUGUUGGUAUCUCGUAUGGAUAAACUCAAAGUGGCGAACUGGUCGAGAACGAGUCGUUUGAAACGUACGGUAAAUGUGGGCAAAGUGGCCCAUAACAAAGCAGGACAAUGGGAGUUAACCGCGGGUAGAUUACUGGUGGAUUCAAGGCUUUCUGCUAUGGAACUAGUACGGUCCCGUAGCUACGACCUAUCCGAGCUUGUCGUGCAGUUGCUGGGAGACCAGAGAGAAAAUAUUUAUGCAAACGAAGUGAGCGCGAAAUUCAGCUCUUCACAGCAGCUACUCAACCUUAUUCAGUGGAGUUGGAUGGAUCCAUGGUUCUCACUGCGAGUAAUUGCUCAACUUAAUGCACUUCCAUUAGCUGUACAGAUUACAAAUAUAGUUGGCGGCGUUGCAUCUCGCACACUGAUGGGAGGCCGAGCUGAACGGAAUGAGUUUUUGCUGUUACAUGCCUUCUAUAAGGCAAACUAUAUAGCGCCAAAUAAGUAUACAUCAAAUUUCAGAAAAGGGAAACAAGAGAAAGAAGUGGGUAUCGAAGACGGAGCCGUGAAUGAUGAGGCCGAUAAGGAUGACAAGGAGGGAAAAUCUAAGAACAAAGCUCAGUAUUCCGGUGGUUUGGUAUUGGAACCGAAGAAGGGUAAGUUUUGA